GGGGGAGUUGGAGGACGCACGGCAGCGAAGACGGUACAAAACGUGCUGCUGCUGUAUAAAUAUCUGCAGAGGGAGAAAGAGAAUCAGUCCAGGAGAGGAAGCGAGGAAGAAGGAAUACAAACAGGAAGCUGGAUGAGAGGAAGAAGAGCAGAGCUGAGAGAUCAUUUAACACGCAGAGCUGGAAACUUCUAAACAGAAAUGGCAGCAGGAGCUCUGUUGGCUUUACUCUUGUUCCUGAGUGUCAGUGUUCCAUGUUUGUCUGUUUAUAACAGCGGUGAAUGCUUCUUCAACACUAAAGGGAGCUGUGAAUACAUGGGUCAGCUGUACGGCAUCGGAGAGAGCUGGAUCACCACUGACUGCUACCAGUGUGUCUGCAUGGAGCCUUUUGGAGUCGGAUGCUGCGACUACCAAUCAAAGCCCGUCGACUACCCAGACUGGUGCGAGAUCAUCCGUAAACCCGACUCCUGUACCAGCGUGGCAGUGAUGAGGGUCAACCACAAGCUGCCCUGCCUCUGGGGACAAGGACGCCUCCGAACAUCCGGACAGCAGCCGUGGAGAUCUGAAAACGACCCUUUAUUUUGAACCAAUAUAUACAGCAAUAGAUAAUGUGUGGUGUUUAUUUUUGAUUUAAUGAAUACAUUCAGGGGUUUUACUUCAUCAUGAGGGUUUUGGGAGACUAGUUUUGCAGAAUUUUCCAACAACAUUUGCAAAUAACUUCAUAUCCUUCACGUCAAGUUUUAAUUUUAAUUGAUGAAUGUUGAUGUUUGUUGUUGUCAUCAGUCUAAACCUGUAGAAUAUUUAUGCUUUGUAUAUAAUUUCUGGUCUUACUACAUGUAAAUAUCCUGAAUAAACACUGACACUGUG